UCAGAUUGGCAGAUGAAUGGACUGUGCUUACCUGUGCUCUCAGGUGUGUGACGGACUGAUGCAGGUGUUUGGUCUCUGGCAGCAGGGGGAGCUGCAGCAGCUCAGACAAACCAUCAUCACUUUGACAUCGAAGAAGGGUCAGAGGGCAAAGGUCAUGGCUCCGCCUACACCGUCUGGUGAAGACAGUGAUGAUGACACACAGGUGAUGGAGUGUGAACCCUCGGUGCCGUCAGUCAGCAGGAUGGACCCGCCUCCUGCUGCUCCUGCUGCUCCUGGUGAAGAAGAAGAGGACGGCUGGACGGUGGUGAGGAAGAAGAAGUGAACAGAAGAUGAAAAGCAGCGUGAACUGUUAAACUGAGAAGCAGCUAACCUUUGACCUUUGGCUGUGGGACAUCGAAACAGAUUGAGCGUCUUUAAUGGAUUUGAUGGUCGGCGUCCGUCCUCAGAGACGACAGGUGGCGUUAAACCCGAAAGAAUCUAGUUUAUGUUUUUAUAUUAAACCUGUUGAAUAUCGUG